CAAUUUUCAAAAAUUCUGCAACAUUUUUGGCUACUUUUGUUUCCGCUGUUAAAUGCGCUGCUGCUAAUGUUAAUAUACAGUGCCGCUAUAGCAGAGUGUAUAUAACAGCGGGCAGAGGAAACCGAAUUCUUUCGAACCUCGUCAGAGCAAUGUCAGCAACAGAAACGCGUGGUGCUUCGGUAGCUGCGGAAUCGUGUGUGUUCGAUUAAAAAAAUAUUCCGUGCAUAAAUGAAUAUUAAAAUAUAGUGGGAAAAAUAGAUAUUUAGCAAAGUGCAAACUAAAAAGAGUCAUCAAAAUAAACUGUCAGAUUAUCUUCUGGUUAAGAGCUAAUCUCCACUCAAUGUUGGCGUUAAGUUAACCAUAACAUAAUUACCAGACGAGCCUUAAGUGGACCGGAGAUGGUGAAAAUGGCGUUAGGGGGUAAAUCCACUCUAGGACUUUUUCUUUCUCACAAGAAAUUUCUUCGCGACCUCUUGCAGUCUAGUUAUCGCCAACGACAUUAGCUCACUCUCUCUCUCUCUCUCUCUUUCGUUGAGGUAAUGACAAGUAGUAGUGGUCCCAGGAUUGUUAUCAUUGGCGCAGGCGUCUCUGGUGUAUCUUGCGCUGUACGACUACUUGAUUACGGCUUUCAGAAUGUGCUACUACUAGAAGCCGAGCCGCGCAUCGGCGGCCGUGUACAUACGAUACCAUUCGGAGAGAAUGUUAUCGAUUUAGGAGCGCAAUGGUGUCAUGGUGAAAAAGACAAUAUCAUCUUUGAGUUGGCCAACAAACACAAUCUACUCGAGUCCACGGGUGAUGUUUAUGAAAACUACAAGUGCAUACGUUCAAAUCGCGAGGUUGUGCCCGAAAGUGUUAGCCAACGGCUGAAGGAUAUCGUCAACGACAGCCUGGUGACACGCCAAAUGGAAUUGCGCAACUGCAAUGGUUCGCUGGGUAGUUAUUUAACUAAUAAAUUUUAUGAGGCUUUGCGCAGGCCAGAAAAUUCCGAUAUAGACAUGGCGAUAGCGAAGGAGUUCUUUGAAAAUUAUCAGAAAUUCGAGAAUUCAGUGGAAGCAUCUGACAGCUUAGAUGAGGUAUCGGGUCGAGGUUACUUGGAGUAUUGGGAAUGUGAGGGUGAUAUACUGCUGAACUGGAAGGACAAAGGAUUUCUUGAAUUUUUACGUUUAAUAACGAAAGCGCGUGAAUUGAACAACGAAUUUGGCGUACUGGAGCAGCGUGUGUUGUUGGGCAAACGUGUGACGCAGAUAAAUUGGCGACGCAACGAUUAUUGCGUGGAUGUGAAAUGUGUUGGUGGUGAAGUGAUUAUUGCCGAUCACAUCAUACUAACCGUAUCGCUGGGUGUGCUUAAAGAGCAACAAAUCACACUCUUCGAACCGAAAUUGCCUGUGGAGAAACAACGCGCCAUCGACGGUUUGGCUUUCGGCACAGUAAAUAAGAUUUUUAUGGAAUUCCCCGAAAAGUUUUGGCCUGACGACUGGACAGGUUUCACGUUAUUGUGGCGUGAAGAGGAUUUCAAUGAAAUACGCGGCACCUCACGCGCUUGGCUAGAGGAUGUAUUCGGUUUCUAUUGUGUAAGUUAUCAACCGAAAAUUUUAAGCGGCUGGAUAAUCGGCGCCAAUGGGCGACACAUGGAAACAUUGCCCGAAGAUGAAGUAGUCGCCGGUUGUAUGUAUUUAUUUCGCAAAUUCCUAGAGUGGGACAUACCCGAACCCAUUAACUUUAAAACAUCCGCCUGGCAUACGAAUGCCAACUUCCGCGGCUCCUACUCGUUUCGUUCCAUGUAUACCGAAGAGGUGGGCACUAACGCACGUGAAUUGGCGCAACCGCUCACUGUUGUUACGAGUCCGCCGCUGACUAAUGGCGGCGAAUCGAAUGCGAAUCCACUCUAUCCGCAAACACGUUGUGAUAAACCGAUUGUGCAAUUUGCCGGCGAAGCGACCAGUGAUCAUUAUUAUUCUACAGUGCACGGCGCCGUGGAGGCCGGUUGGCGUGAGGCGAAACGUUUGGCAGAUUUCUACGGCAUGCCACGCAAUGGGAGAAAGGAGCCGAGAGCACAAUUAUAACAGUUUUAGGACUUUGAAUGCGAGCGUAGAGUGUUGUGAGCAAUUUAACUAUUACUCACAACACUCUGCACUGUUUUGCAGGCAUUCAAGGUCCUGAAUAUGCUUAUUGAAAAAUAUAAAUCUAUACAAAUUUCCAUUACUAUCCUCAAGUUUAUAUAAAAAUAUAGAAAUUUUAACACACUCAAGACGCUACAGUUCAACUUCCGAUGAUAUCAGAUAUAAGAAAAAGACACAACAAAACUGAAAAUGUAAUAAUUUUAUUAAACUAAUCAUAUUUAUAAUUGUAAAGAAUCUACAGAACCUCAUUAUAUUUUAUAAAAAAAUGAUAAUUAAGUAAUUAAAAAAAUGGUAGUGGUUAAAAUGCGGCACAGCUUAAAAAUUGUAUACAUACACAUACAUACAUACAUAUAUAGAUGUUUCAUUGCAACACCUCGGCGCAAUCGACAAUAUAUUGUAUUUAUUAUACAUACAUAUAAAUAUAUAUAUAUACAUAUGAAGUUUUGAUCGCCUCUAGGCAUACACAAAUCGAGAAGCAUUUUAGUGCUGUGCAAAUUUUCUUUUGUUAACGAUUUAUUAUUUUUCAGUUCGUAUUCGGCCUUUUAAAUUAAAUAAAAAAUAUAAAUAAAAAAUAUAAAUAAAAAUAAAAAUAAAUAUUUAAAAUUAAGCAUCGGUCUCAAGCCGCUCAAAUUAUAGUUGCCAUGCAAUUUAAAUAAAGUAAAUUACAGUAAAUAUUUAACUAAAAACCAAGUAUAAAGACGCUAUAAUCAUUUUUUGCUAUAUAUAAAUAAAUAGUAAUUAUUAUAUACAAACAUAUGUGCAUACAUAUGUACUAUGUAUGUAUGUACUUAGGCACAAUAUGAAAAUUUAAACUCAAACUCAAACAAUGGUUGAUAUACAUACCUACAUAUUGAAUAUACCUACAUAUAUACUUACAAAUGUACUAUAUCUAUUUAUAAACUAUAAGAUAUUUGAAGGCAAAAUAAUAUUGAGCUUGAUUGUUAAACAAUCCAUACUCCUUUUAAUACCAAUAAUUAUACUGUUUGCAAGCUGCAAGUUUUUUUAAAUCAUAGCAACAAAAUAUUUAUUAAAAGAAGCAUUAAGAGCGUAAAAAUAAAAAAAACGAAAAGAAAACAAUUUAUCUUUAGUACGUAGUAUGAAUAUCUGAAAAUGUAAUAUCUGAGCCGAUAAAAGCUCAAACUAGAAUACAAUAUUUUUGCUCGAGACAAGUUCUACAGAUUUUAGUGUACACUUUAUGCGAUUAAUAAAAUGAAAUGAUAUAAUGAAAAAA